AUGAGUUGGAAGGAGGCAAAAGAUGCCUCGGGGAGGAUUUAUUACUAUAACAGUGAAACAAAGCAAUCGACAUGGGAAAAGCCAAAAGAGUUGUAUAAUCAUUUAGAUGAAUUAUUAGAGAAGUCUGCCUGGAAGAAGUAUUUUUCAAAGGAAACAAAAAGAUAUUACUAUCAUAACUCAGAAACUAGGAAAACAACGUGGGAGUUCCCUAUCAAACAAGAAAAUGAACCAAAGACUGCGGUGGUUGCUGAAGAUAAGAAUUCCAAGGUUGAGGAGAGCGGAGAAACGUCAACUACCACCAACAAACCAGAUGAUAAUACCUCUGAGAAUACCCAAUUCUAUAAGAUUUUUUCAGUUGAGAAGAGUUUGAUGAAUCCAACAUUCACAGCUAAUAAUGGUUCGCUGGUAGCUGGACCUGCACAAAAACAAAUAUUUAUUCAAUUAUUAGAAGACAAUAAGGUCAGUACCUCAUGGUCCUUCCAGAAGGUGAUGGAAACCUUUAUUGAUAACCCAAAAUACUGGGUAAUUGAUGACACUUUGGCUAAGAAAACCUAUUUUGAAGAGUAUUUGAUCGAGAAAUCUAAACGGGAAUUGUCGAACUUAAGUAACACAAAGGAAAAAUUCCAAAAUGAUUUCAAGGAAUUGAUAUCACAACAUAAAGAUGAUGUCAAGUAUUAUACAUUAUGGAAGACUUUCAAGAAAAAAGUUAGAGAUGAACCGAUAUAUGAGCAUUCUAUUCUUUCAGAGAAGGAAAAGAAAGCGAUUUUCCAGAAGUACGUUGAUUACUUGAGAAAAAUUCAAGAAGAGAAAGAAGAGAAAUUGAAAACUCAAGCGUUAUCUGAAUUUGAGGAUUAUUUUGAAACGAGUUUGAAAUCGAAAAUAACAAAUGAAGUAGAAUGGGAUGACAUCUUGAAAAUGAUCACCACAGACGAAAGAGUUAAGCAAAACAAGAAUUUCUUAAAGUUGAAUAAACUUGAUAUUUUGAGAAUUUAUUCGCGAUUUCAAGAAGAUAUCACAAAAGACUUGAGAUCACAGAUAAAAACUUUGGAGUCACAAAAUAAAAGAAAUGAUAGAAUCGCUAGGGAAAAUUUCAAGAAAUUACUUCAAGAAAUGAAAGAGAAUAAUCUAAUCACGAUAAAUACUACUUUCAAGGAAAUAUACCCAUAUAUCAAAGAUGAGGAAAGCUUUCAGAAUUUAUUGGGCAGAUCUGGCUCAGGGCCAUUGGAGCUCUUUUGGGAUCUCAUUGAAGAACAGAAUAUUUUAUUGAAGGCCCAAAAAGAUAUUAUCUUCAAUUAUAUUGUUGAAAAGCAAUUCAAUAUCCUAACCAGUUCAAAGGAAGAGUUUUUUGCUAUCCUUAAAGACAAUAAACUAUUGUCAAAUAUUAAUGUUGGUCAGGAAGACCUGAGCUUUUUAGAAGAGCAUCGAGAAUAUAUCUAUGAAAUGCUUGUGAAGCAAAGUUUGCAGGACUUGAAAAAGAUGAAAAAAUCUGUUUUACAAAGAUUUGAUGAUGAGAAGCUAGUUUACAAAAACAAAAUUGUCGACUUUAUAGAAGAAAAGCACAUCUCUGGAAAUACUCCUACCGAACAAAUUCAAAGUCUUGAAAGCUUAAGAUGGGAGAAUUUGAAAAAUGAUAUCCGCAGUUUGCCAUUUUACCAAAGGUUGGAAGAAUUUGUCCAAAAUAAUUAUUUGAUGGUGUACGAUGAAGAGUUUGAGAAAAACCUAGAUUAUGGUUACUACGUGGAGGCCAACAAGUUUAAAGGGUGCGGCAAACUUAAUACUGAUGCCAUGUCUAACUCAAAUGCCACUCUUGGCGACGAUUUCAGUUCAGAGAUAUUGAAUCAGCUGGUGAUUCAAAUUAAAGAAGAUAUCUUGGCUGCAGAAAGAAAAAAACUUGCUUCUGCAAAACCAGUGGUAAAUAUGGAAUUAGAUUACUGA